AAAAGAUAAGUGAUAAUGGGAUCACAUGCGUUUAAUCGGAAUGUCGCCGAGUGGAUGAAACCCAUGAAAGUGACACACCCACAGCAGAUGGCUGUCUUGCUGGUAACUCUCCUUGCUGCUCUUCUGUGUCCCUCCGUCCACAGCGCGGACUCUGCAGUGGCAUGGUGCUAUCACAAGCCAACAUGCAAUUUUGCCACCUGGCCCCAAAUUGCUCCACAAUCCUGCAGUGGAUCCAGGCAAUCUCCCAUUGAUAUCAAAACUAGAAUUGUUAAGGGAAAUGCUAACCUGACCUCAUUCAACUUCACUGGUUUUGAUGACAACUCCACCUUCAUGUCAAUCGCUAACUCAGGCGACUCUGUGGUGGUCAACCUGGAUGAUGAUAAAAUGACAGUGCAAGGAGGUGAUCUUCCAGGUCUGUACAACACUAAACAAUUCCAUCUCCACUGGGGUAACGGCAGCUCCUCGCCUGGCUCCGAACACACUGUGGAUGGCAAACAAUACCCAAUGGAGCUGCACAUUGUGAAUGUCCAUUCAAAAUACAACGGGAGUUUGGCAGCUGCUCUGGCUGCUAAAGACAGCACAGGAUUGGCUGUUCUUGGUUUCUUUAUUGAGGGAACCAAUGAACAAAACAAAACAAAAAGUUGGGAUAUCCUAACAUCCUUUUUGAAACAGAUCCCUUCUUCAGGUGAUACAACAGUAGACAUCAUGAAUCAAAUCACAAUGGACAGUCUGCUUGAAGGGGUGAACAUGACUGAAUAUUACCGGUACCAAGGCUCUCUUACCACACCCAACUGCAAUGAAGUUGUGAUUUGGACUGUGUUCAAGGAUCCCAUCAAAGUCAGUCAGGACUUGAUCAACCGCUUCAGCACAACUACCUUUUUCAAAGCAAGCCCUCCAGUUCUGACGACCAACAACUUCAGAGGAGUUCAGCCCUUGAAUGGCAGAGUUGUGACAUCACAGCGCUCCACAGCACCUUCUUCUGCGGCCACAUCCACUAUAUCUAUCAUCACAGUUCUUCUCUUGUCACGUUUGUGUUGGCUCAGCGGCUUGGACGACGAGAGGAUCAAGGCUUGUUAUCGGUUGGGGGCGAAUGCAGUCGAUCCGAGGGAACUUCCAGAUCUUUCCGGUCUGGACUGGAGAAAGGCGCUCUCCACCUGUCUCGAAAGCUUCAUCCCUUGGCACGCCGUAUCCCAACCAGAUCUUCAAGCCAUCAAGCCUGCCAUCAGGUCAGUCUAUGGGCGUCAAGUGCUGAUGUCCAGCCAGGCAGAUCCACUGCUAAAGGCCGCACGAGCCACCAAGAAGACCGCCCAGGGUCCAGAGCCUCGUCCCGCCGAGACCGCCCAGGGUCCAGAGCCUCGUCCAGCCGAGACCGCCCAGGGUCCAGAGCCUCGUCCCGCCGAGACCGCCCAGGGUCCAGAGCCUCGUCCAGCCAAGACCGCCCAGGGUCCAGAGCCUCGUCCAGCCGAGACCGCCCAGGGUCCAGAGCCUCGUCCCGCCGAGACCGCCCAGGGUCCAGAGCCUCGUCCCGCCGAGACCGCCCAGGGUCCAGAGCCUCGUCCCGCCGAGACCGCCCAGGGUCCAGAGCCUCGUCCAGCCGAGACCGCCCAGGGUCCAGAGCCUCGUCCAGCCGAGACCGCCCAGGGUCCAGAGCCUCGUCCAGCCGAGACCGCCCAGGGUCCAGAGCCUCGUCCAGCCGAGACCGCCCAGGGUCCAGAGCCUCGUCCAGCCGAGACCGCCCAGGGUCCAGAGCCUCGUCCAGCCGAGACCGCCCAGGGUCCAGAGCCUCGUCCAGCCGAGACCGCCCAGGGUCCAGAGCCUCGUCCAGCCGAGACCGCCCAGGGUCCAGAGCCUCGUCCAGCCGAGACCGCCCAGGGUCCAGAGCCUCGUCCACCCGAGACCGCCCAGGGUCCAGAGCCUCGUCCAGCCGAGACCGCCCAGGGUCCAGAGCCUUCACCGCUGGUCCCGUCUAGCACAGAGCCGCUCAUGAAACAGAGACUGUUCACGUCCUGUCUGCCCAGCCUGUUCCAAAGCAUGUCCCAGUCCCUGCCCCAGAGCCUUCGGUCCCAAAGCCGCAAUGGUGGUCUGUGUCAGUGUGGGUCCACGCGAGACACACACCCCUCAGUGGCCCUGGGCGAUAACUUCAGCACAGCCAUGGUCAGUCACUGGGACAGCACACAGCACUCCUCCGUACAGCCCACAGACGCCUAUGGAGAGCUGGAGUUUGCUGGGGCCGGCAAGAGACACAGCUAUACCAAAGAGAUGAUCGUGGACUUUAGAAAGAAGGCAGUUCGGUACCUCCCCCUCUCUAUCAAUGAUCAGGUUGUUGAGAGGGUCCCCUCCUUCUGUUUCUUGGGUACCACCAUACAUCAGUCCCUCUCAUGGGACCUGAACAUCAGUCUCAUUGUGAAUAAAGCCCAUCAGAGACUUUAUUUCCUCCGUCAGUUGAGGAAAUUUGGGGUUAGUCAGGAAGGCAUGACUCAUUUCUACCGAGCCGUCAUAGAGAGCGUGCUGACCUUCUCUAUCCUGUCCUGGUACGGUAACUCGACCAGUCAGGAUAAGCAACAGCUUGAGAAAGUAGUGCUUAGGGCCUCUAAGAUCACUGGCUGCAGGAAGAGGUCUUGUAUAGGAGCUAUGGGACACUUCGGCAUGCAACAACAGACCCGAAGACGCCUUUCUCCGACCUCCGAGGUCACCGGAGACCUAAAUCUAGGAAUCGCAAUCAGAAACUGCAACUUUAAGCAAGGACGUAGCUUAGACCUUAGUGAAGGGUAUAACUGCUAUCUUUGUAACUAUGUUACAACCUGGCCCAAAUCUGCUCCACAAUCCUGCAAUGGAUCCAUCCAAUCUCCCAUUGAUAUCAAUACUACAAGUGUUCUGGAAAAUGCUAACCUGACCUCAUUCAACUUCACUGGUUUUGAUGACAACUCCACCUUAAUGUCAAUGGUUAACACAGGAGACUCUGUGGUGGUCACCCUGACCAAUGCUAAAAUGACAGUGCAAGGAGGUGAUCUUCCAGGUGUGUACAAUUCCACACAAUUAACGUUCCACUGGGGUAACGGCAGCUCCUCGAAUGGCUCUGAACACACUGUGAAUGGCAAACAAUACCCAAUGGAGCUGCAAAUUCUGAAUAUCCAUUCAAAAUACAACGGGAAUUUGACAGCUGCUCUAGCUGCUAAUGACAGCACAGGAUUGGCUGUUCUCAGUUUCUUUAUUGAGGUGAGCAAGACCACAUUUAUUAUAUCCAAAGGGAAGCGUAAUACAACCUCAGCAAUCAUGCCACUGGACAGUCUGCUUGAAGGGGUGAACAGGACUAAAUAUUACCGGUACCGAGGCUCUCUUACCACACCCAACUGCAAUGAAGUUGUGAUUUGGACUGUGUUCAAGGAUCCCAUCAAAGUCAGUCAGGACUUGAUCAACCGCUUCAGCACAACUACCUUUUUCAAAGCAAGCCCUCCAGUUCUGAUGACCAACAACUUCAGAGGAGUUCAGCCCUUGAAUGGCAGAGUUGUGACAUCACAGCGCUCCACAGCACCUUCUUCUGCGGCCACAUCCACUAUAUCUAUCAUCACAGUUCUUCUCUUGUCACGUUUGUUCUAACACCACUGUUUUCUGCAGAGCUGCUUUUUAGCUGAUUACACUUUUUCAUAAUUGAUACCCUGGACCACAAAACCAGUCAUAAGUGUCUUUU